GCACUCUUCUUCAGCCACUCUGCUGUAGGACUUCACUGCAACUUGACUUGCAGAGCAAUCCAUUAAAACUGUCCUUCGCCGGUCGAGCGACCUAUCAUCUACUUUAUAAUUCAGGAUGCCACCGCGAAGAACGGGAAAUGACUACAUGGACGUAGAUUCCGAUUCAGAUGUUUCAAUACUAGAUGAAUUCGAACAAACCACAAAAGCCAAGGCCAAAGGAAAAGGAAAAGCCAUUGAUAGGAGUAAGCCAUCAAAGGGAAAGAGUAAAGCAAAAGAGCAACCUUAUGCUUGGGAAGCAUCAUACACGCGUUCCUGGGAUACCGUUCGAGAAGAUGAGACAGGAAGUCUCCAAGGCGCAGUACAAGACUUGAUUGCAAGAGGGAGGCGAAGACGCCUGUUGGCUCCUGCAGCUGCAAUACGACGGUCGAUCAUAAGACACCUAGUUCUUGUGUUAGACCUUUCGACUUCCAUGAUGGACCGUGACAUGCGACCAACUCGGUUUGACUUAAUGCUGCAAUAUGCACGGGAGUUCGUUACGGAGUGGUUUGACCAGAAUCCUUUGGGACAAAUUGGCGUUGUUGGGAUGCGAGGUGGUGUAGGUGAGCGGAUAGGGGAGAUGUCUGGAAACCCCCAGGACGUAUUAAAAUGUAUAUCUGAACGACACAAGCUUGAGCCCAGCGGUGAUCCCAGUUUGCAAAAUGCUAUCGAGAUGGCGAGAAGUAGUAUGAGUCAUCUACCCACACAUUCAUCCCGCGAAUUGGUAAUUAUAUUCGGUUCGUUAACGUCAUGCGAUCCAGGCAACAUACACGAUACCUUGGAAGAAUGUGUGAAGGACAGAAUUCGAAUAUCUAUCGUCGCUCUUGCCGCUGAAAUGAAGAUAUGUCGAGAAUUAUGUGACAAGACAGGAGGCAUGUUCGGCGUUGCAAUGAAUGAAGGACAUUUCAAAGACCUCCUAUUCGAAUUGAUUCCUCCUCCUGCGCAGCGUGCUCUUGCUCGAACGGGAGGCGGUGGUGUGAGCAAUCCAGCAGCGGAUCUUAUGAUGAUGGGGUUCCCAACACGACUCCCAAAUACUUCCCCUCCCAGUCUUUGCGUGUGUCAUUCGCAGCUCAAGAGUGAAGGAUUCCUAUGUCCAAGAUGUCUUGCCAAAGUCUGUGACGUCCCAACGGAUUGCGACAUCUGCGGUUUGAUGAUCGUCAGCUCUCCACACUUGGCUCGAAGCUACCAUCAUCUGUUCCCCGUCAAGCCUUAUCAACCUGUGACCUCCUUAGAAGAGACACCUUAUGCCGAUUCCAAAUGCCAUGCAUGUGCCGCUCCCUUCCCCUCGAAUCCAACGCAAGUACCGGGAACAGCGACGGAAGGCAUGAGUCUGCUAGGACGCUAUCGCUGUCCUGAUUGUCAUCAUGUCUUCUGCACCGACUGUGAUGUAUUUAUACACGAUGUCGUGCAUUGCUGUCCAGGGUGUGGCAAAUAGAUGGACGUUACGACUAGCUCUGAGUCGUAUGGAACCACUUACAGCUAGACUAUGGUUUCUGAGAUUAACUGCUGUUCAACUCCAUGGCCAAGAUAUGUGUGACCUCGGCAAUCUUCGAGCAUACCAUAGGCUCAGGCUUUUGCACUGCCUCCAUCCAGACGGGCGACCUACAGCGAGGUGGCCGGCAUUCUAUAAGGCUAUCACCCCGCCGAUGACAGCACAAUGCAAUUCGCUGGGGGAAGGUGUUUGAUAACCUUUUAUGUCUGCUCGCAUCGGAGCGGAUGCAAAGGUGUCACUGGUGGUCCGGCGGGAGGAAUAAUGUUUGGAGUGUUCGAAUACACCUUAGUUUCAGUGUGAAAGCUAGCAGAGGUCCUAUGUUUUCUAGUAUAAUGUGUCUAAUGCUACUACAUCCUUAUUCAUUCGUCGUUCUAUC